AUGAAAGAUAUAUGGUGGGUGAAGUUCGGGAAAUCUCACGACUUCGUCUUCGUUGGAAAAGAGACGGUCGCAACAGCCUCCGGUAUUUACGUGAGCUUUUUGGAUUUGAACACGAGAGAAAAACGGGUCGAGCGUUUCGAUUGCGAGGAAAGGGGCGAUGGUGCAUCGUGUUUGGCUGGGCAUCCGGUAGUUUCAAUGUUUUCCGUAGUCGAGAGGAAACCCAAUCCCAAGAUUUCGAUAUUCAUAUACCCGACGCUACAAAGGAUUUCCAGAUGCGUGCUGCCUGACAAGAUAAAUGGUUACUUAUCUUGUUCCUUCGCCGGUACGGAAUAUCUCGUGAGUCUAACCAGUUUCCCCGAUUUCCGAGUGAUCGUGUGGCUCUGGAAAACGGGCAAACCCGUCGCGGCGCUUGAUACAAAGGUAGACAGCCUCAAUCAAGAAAUAUCUUGUUCGCCGAAUCCACCGCACUUGAUAUCGCAGCUUGAAGCAGUCGAUGGCUCACUUUCGAUCUAUCAGGUGCGCACGUGCUCGAAAAUAAUAAGUAUACAUCACGUAGACGUCCUACAUCCGGAACACAGAAUUGUGUCUUCGUCUUGGACUCCGGAAGGAAACUUGUUCAUCUGUGAUGAGUUCGGCAACGUGUGGCUCUUGGCGAUAGAUGCUAACAAAUUGUAUUCGGUGGUAAAAUUGGAAACACGCGUACCACCGGAGAACAAACCGAUCGUCGUUGCUUAUAAAGGCGGCGUGAUAGUUGUGAAUGCUGAUAGUGAAAUUACAUUUUACAAGAAGUUGUCAAUCAACUGGAACGUAUCGUGGCAAUUCGCCUGGUCGAUUUCGACGGCUUACCAUUCCAUUCGAGUGGCGAAACGACACAGCUGCAAAGAUGGGCUUCUGCUCCACUCGAAAAGCGGAGAAAUUUUUGAGAUCAGCAUACAGCACGACAACGUCCCUCGCGUGGAAGUUAUUUAUACAGACGAUAUAGAAUACAAAGCACUGCUUUCUAUCCCUCAACGCGCGGAUCACGUCGCGGCGGUAGACCGGUUGGAUCGUCUUUGCAUUUUCGAGCUAUCGAGCGGCAAACUAGUAGCGAGAUUAUCUCUGAAGCAUCACGGUGAAGUUCUUCGCAUAGACUCCCAUCCCACCCUACCGAUGCUGGCAUCGUGCAACUUCGCUGGCAGUUGCAUCUUCAUCGACGUCACAAGCGUCUCAUCGCCCAAGAUUUUCAACUGCUUUCAUCUUCACGAGAGUCUUUUGGACAAAAUCAAAUUCUCGCGCUGCGGCCAGCUUUUGGUACUCGGCAAUUCUCACACCGGCAAUAUUUUUAUCAUUGCCAAACCGGUCAAGCAGCAGCGUGCCGAUGUUGUCGGACACUUAGAAAUUAGCGGACACGUGGCCGACUUCCUGACGUACGAGAGGAAUAACGAUCGCUUCGACAUCUUGAUCCUCGCAACGGCAAACCCCUCAGUAGCUUCGGUCGGCGGCGACAGAUUGAUCGUAUAUACCUGCGAGGUAAUCUCCGGCAAUUUCUGCGCACGUGCCACAUAUGUGAUAGAUCUGUCGAGACCUUUCACAAUGCUAUAUCAUGGAUCAAAUAAGCCUCUGAGCAUACUGGGCGUGCCGUCUCUGUCUAAACAGUUGUAUCAAAUGGAAAUACAGAAUGACUUUCAAGACGUCGCUUUUACGAAAACGCUCUUCUCGGUACAUCAAAUGAGAAACAUCGGGAUACACGUGACGGAUUCUCGCGUCAUAACGUACGGAUACGAUGGCUUAGUCGUGGUCAGAGACGGCACGGAACUUGGGAGAGUGUUCUCGAUUUUUAUGCCGCAGCAUCGGACCAAAGGCGGAAUAAAGUCGGCGAUUUGCUCGCGUUUAGGCGAAACGAUCGUUUCCCUCGGUAGAAACGGCGAUCUCGUUGCCAGUCGAGUCCGCUUACCGGAAGCAAGAGCGAACUUGGUGGAAACUGAGGCUGCGAAUACACGUAUGUCGAUUGAAGAUUUCUCUUACGGUCCAAGUGAAUUUCACGGUCCAGAGGAAGCAACCUGGUUAGACAAUGUAAUCGUCGCUAAACUGAAAGCCGAACGCGACGAAGCUCUACUUGUACGAACUUCCAUCGUGGCAGACUUGGAGAAAAUAAAGAAUCAGAUACGCGAGCUUCUCGAUAUAAACGAGAGCGAGCCGCCAGACGUCCGGCUGCCUGUCUCGGCUUUCGACUUGGAUCAUCAGUUUCGGCAGCGGAGGGUAGAAGAGGCGCGGCUCGAACGGGACGAGCUGCAUCGAAGCCUCGAGGAAGAGUGCGUUCGACGAGAUCAGAUGAUGUCGUACCUGCGUGAAAUAUUCUGGGAGCCGCUGCAGGUGAAGCCGUGCGCUCUCAGAUCCAUCGGUGAUGAUACGAUAAUCCAUAAUUAUCCCCUCGUCGCGCCUCAUCGAAAGAUGAACGACUUGAAAAUAUGGGAUAGACUCUCUUCGGAUCCCGACGAAUUUCUAUACAGUUACGAGGUGUGUAACGAAUCAGUAGACGAUGAAGGCAGCUCAAGACGAGCGUCAAAAUUAACAAGUCAUGAAAGUAACGAUGAACCUUUAACGACUAACAACGAAACGAGCAAAGUACACGAAAUGGCUAAGGUGGCCAAGACAUGGUACAUGUCGGCGGAUGAAACUGAAAAGUCGCGUAUAUCGGGUGUCACGACGCAUAAGUGGAUCGAGGAUGAAAACAUAGCUUUAACGCAUCAGCUGUUAAUUCCAUGUAACAAUGAUUUGGAGGCCAUCCUGAGAUACAACGUCAUCAUCGAAAGCCGAGAGCGAAAAUUGAAAAUACGUUUCAACGAUCUCUUCGAGGAAAUGAGACUCUCAAAGGAGCGCGAACUGAAGCGCGCAAAGAAACGCAUCGAAAGACUUCGAUAUUGCGUCGCUGAAUUGAAGAGGAUGUUUGGAAUAGAUUUCCCUCUGGGACCGAUCGAGACGCCGACCUGGAGCGUCGAGGAGAUACCAGAUUACGUAGUCACCGUGGACGAUCGCGAAAUAUUUGAGAAACGAUCUCGACGAGGGGAGCCUGUAGUCGACAUCGUUAACGAAGACCGAGAAGACGAAGAGGAAAGCGGAAAGAGUAACGAUUUCCACGCGAAAGCUCUCGAUAAAAUGAUGGAUGGUGUGUUGGAACUAAAAUGGGAGGACGAGGUGAAGAAGGAGGUACCUGUUCCGGAAUGCCUGAUUGUAAAGCAUCCUUGGAAACGCGACCUCAAAGACACGGUGGUCAUUGCGGUGUAUAAGUUCAAAGUGCAUGUGCUGAAGAAGAAACGAGAGAAGUACAAAGCGAUGCUGCAGACUGAGAUUGUGGAAACGAAAGAAGCCCUGCGAAGAGACAUCUCGGUGUUUAACGACAAGUUGAAGGAACUCGAACUGAAGAAGAUGCAGAUAGAAUGCGCGAUUUUCCAAGAGAGAUCCAUCAGAAUACGAGCGAUUCGAAAGCACCGAGACGAGGCCGAUGGCAAACAGGAGAUCGUUCGCUUCACCGACGAGCAACUGGCACCGGUGAUGCGAGAGGCACGCGAACUCGUCGAAGAAUGCAACUCGCUCGAGACAGUCGUGUCGGAGUUGAAAGUCCGAUACGACAAUCUCUGCAAGGCUGAGAAGCGCCAAGAAACCAAGUUCCGUGGUGAAUUCGUGGAGCUGAAGCAGCCGAUGGUGGAACACCUGCUCAGACACUACAAGAAGCGGCCUAGAUUCGGUCGGCUCACCACCACGUCCGUCACGUAUCUGACGGAGAUGGCCAAGUGUAUCACGAGCGGUGACAAGUCCGAGAUCCUGCCACGCGAGUGUCUGGACUUCCUCAGAGCUAUGGACGUGUUGGACACGAUGCCCGGAAAUCUACCGCCGCAGAUCAACGUCAAUCAUUGGCGGACGAUGUGCAAGCUGAGGAGAGCGAAGGUCGAGCUGGAGACAAAGGUGAGGUGCUGCGCGGUGGAGAUGGCCGAGGCGGAGCAGACGUUGUCGUUUUAUCAGAAGGCGAUGCAAUCGACCGAUAACGUCGUGGCGUGCAAGAAGGUCAACCUGGACGACAUGGAGAAGGCCUUGACGCAACUCGCGGAAGAGGUGGAGGUGCAACUCGUCUUGAAAACGGGCCAGAUCGAGGUCCCACUGCGAGGCAGUCCCGCCGAUUACGCGAACGCCGUUCUCGUGACUCGCGAGGAACUUCUACGAGUCAACGAUUGCAUUGUCGAAACCGGGAAACGCAAGCUGGCGGCGAUGCGCAGAUCCAUACGCUUGCGGAAGGUCGUGUCGCAGCACGAAUGGCAACACGCUUGCGCCAGGAUGAUGUUGGACGACCUGCAACAAGAGCUGAAAGACGUUCGGCAAUUCAAGAUCACGAGAAACGUUCUCGAACACUUGGCCAAUGAUCCUCGCAGCGUAAAUCUGGAGGAUUACGAAAAGACGCGAGCCAAUGUGCGAGUAUUUCAAAACAAAUUUCGCGGGUUGUUGGAGCUGGAACAGGUACGUCUGAGAGAAGCGAAACUGCUGUCGGCCAAGUGGAGGAGGAAAACCGACAGAAUAUUAAAGGAGAUCAGAGGAAAGUCAUCGGAUGUCGAGGAGUGUCGUAGAAUGCUGAACGAUCCGUGUCGCGAGAAAGACGAAAAAUCUCGAAGGCUGAGACUAGCGAUGAUCGCCAGGCGUACUAGGCUUAUCAUGAAAGUCGAGAAUAAUUACGAACAGCUAUUAAUCUUGCACGCUCGUCUGGAAGUUUUGAAGUUGCGAACUUAUCCGACCCUGAGAAGCAAAACGUAAAUUUAUAUUGUCCCUUCGGCAAAUAAUACUUUGCCGUGUUGACAAAUAUCGAUGCUACAUCUUUUUUCCCGCUAUUAAUAAACUUGUACAAUUUAUACAUUCGAGGGAAGAAAGACACGUGUAUACGCAAGAGAAAGGAAGAAAGACGAGGGUUGGUUGCGCCGAGUGCAUCGGACGCAUCGGAUGCAUUCUUAAUCAGUUGCAUAAGCGAUUGCGGCGGUCGAAUUAGCUUCAUAUAUUGUGGAUGUUUAUUAUUUCGAUCUCGAUCUUGUGCGAAGAAUCAUGUGUCAGUUUUAUAGGAAAAUUCCCACUCCUAAGAAAAGAACGAGGAAAAUGUAUAUCGCAUCAGUAUCUCUACAUAAAACGAACAUUAAGUCUCUCGACCACAGAGUUAGAAAAACAAGAACGUUACGAGUAUCUUAUAUUUAAAAUGUAAAAAAGUAUUAAAAU